AUGAUGAGAGGGGCUGAGUCAGGCAGUGGCCCUGCCACUGCCGGCAGCAGCUCACGGGAGACCGCACACAGCCCCACGAAUCCUCCAGCACCGCUGGCAGAGGAGCCCAACCCUGCAGCCCACCAGCCAGCGCUGCACCCAAGCGUGAGAAAGCCAUGCACAGGACCCUCAGUGGGGCUGCUCAGCUCCGUGCCCUGCCGUGACCCCCUGGCUGCGCUGCCCAUCACCAGCGCCGCUGCCGGCAGCACGUCGGUGGCUCGCCCGGCCCCGGCUGAAGUUCACCCUGCCGUGAGCGGCAGCAUGAAGCAGACGAACGCCCCUGAGGAGAACUGCUUGAGCGAGGCCACGGCUGCCGGCCAGCAGGAGCCCCUCGCCUGCAGCAGCAGGAAGAAGCGCCGCGGGUUGCAGCGCCUGGUCCCGGACAACUUUUGGGAGGACACGAAGAACCUGCUGGUGCUGGCGGGGCCACUGAUCCUGAUCCAGCUGCUGAUCUUCCUCAUACACCUGGUCAGUUCCAUAUUCUGCGGCCACCUGGGCAAAGUCGAGCUGGCCUCUGUCACGCUGGCCAUCGCUGUUAUAAAUGUCACUGCCAUCUCUGUAGGCUAUGGUUUGUCUUCAGCAUGUGACACUCUAAUAUCACAGACCUAUGGCAGCAAGAACCUGCUGCGUGUGGGGGUGAUUCUGCAGCGUGCCACCCUCAUCAUCCUUCUCUGCUGCUUCCCCUGCUGUGCCAUCCUCAUCAACAUCGAGCAGCUGCUGCUCCUCAUCCACCAGGACCCCGAGGUCUCCAGGUUAACCCAGCACUAUGUGAUGGCCUUUGUCCCUGCUCUCCCGGCUGUUUUCCUGUAUAACCUGGAGACAAGAUACCUGCAGAACCAGAUGAUCAUGUGGCCACUGGUGCUGAGUGGGAUCAUUGGCAACGUUGUCAACGUGAUCGCAAACUGUGUCUUCCUCUACGUCUUCCACUUGGGCAUCACGGGGUCUGCCUGGGCCAACACGGCUGCUCAGUAUGCACAAGCCAUCUUCUUGUUCCUCUACAUCGUGGGCAGGAAACUCCAUGUGAAGACCUGGGCAGGCUGGUCCAGCGAGUGCCUGCUGGAGUGGGACAGCUUCACCGCCCUGGCUAUCCCCAGCAUGCUCAUGAUGUGCAUUGAGUGGUGGACUUACGAAAUUGGGAGCUUCUUGAUAGGCCUGCUGAGCGUCGUAGAGCUCUCUGCACAGUCCAUCAUCUACGAGGUGUCUGUGGUUGCUUUCAUGAUCCCUCUGGGGCUUGGCACAGCUGCCAGCGUGCAGGUGGGGAACGCGUUGGGUGCUGGUGACUUCGAGACAGCCAAGAGAUCUUCCUCCACCAGCCUGCUCUGCACAGGGGUGUGUUGUGUAGCUGUGGGGGCCAUUCUAGCUGCCACGAGGAACAUGCUGGGAUACAUCUUCACCAACGAGAAGGAGAUUGUCGACUUGGUAGCCUGGGUCAUACCUGUCUAUGUUGUCUUCCACUUGUUUGAAGCCAUGUGUGGUGCCUGCAGCGGGGUGCUCAGAGGCAUAGGCAAGCAGAAAUUCGGUGCCAUUCUCAAUGCCGUGGGCUACUAUGGUGUGGGCCUGCCCCUGGCAGCUGUGCUGCUGUUCGUGGCCAGAAUUGGAGUCAUAGGUCUGUGGCUCGGCAUGCUGGCCUGUGUCUCCCUGCUCUGCACCUCCUUCAUCGUCUACAUCUGCCGCAUGGACUGGAGGAAGGCAGCCGAGGAGGCUCAGCGCCGUGCAGGAGUGACCCAGUCACUGCCAGAGGAGCUGAACCCAGGCCCUGAACCCUCCUGCAAGGAGCUUCCCUCCGACAUGAAGCCAGCCCCACUGCCCCACGCUUACCCCCCCACCAAGGUUGUGCAAGGCUGUGUAGCAGGAUGGGACGCACAAAACGGCGUCACACUCACGGGCAUCACCAAGAUGGAGGGACCAAGGUACCAGCUGGACCCCCAGGAAGUCACACUUGCCACAUCCUAUCCAGCCACCACCGUGGUCACCAAGGAGCUGAUCAUCCGGCGCGGGCUGGCAGCAGCUGCAGCCCUUGGGGUGUUUGCCCUUGGCAUCGUCAUAAAGCUGAUGACCAGCAAAGACUGA